CCUCUGUGGAGCCUGACCAGCGCUGAUACCGUGCUGAUACUGAGCGGGGUGUGGGGGAAGCUGGACGUUGGGGGAGGAGGAGAAGCAAGCAAAGGCCCACACCUCCUCCCUGAAUCACCAACGAACACAUUUCAAGCAUGGAAGCCCCUGAGCCCAGCACCUUGGAGGGCUGAGUGUACGGACACCCUCUCCCCGUGAAGAAGACCCCCCACAGUUCCUGAUAACGCAGCGAGCAGUCGUCACUGGACAAUUCAUCGUCGUCCCUCUGGGGCGGACCCUUCAGUGCCCUAAAAGCCUCCUGUUCCUGAGCAGGGGCAGUGCCCAGGGGCGGAGGGCAGAAGGACAAGAUUCCUGACGGAGCAGAGGAGACCGCUGCCCCUGCUCUGCUGCUGGGACGGUCACACACUCAGCGUCCAAGUUUGCGGGAACAGUGAACAGUUCCAGCUGGAGCAACCGAGAAAGAAAGGAAGUGAAACUCAGCUCCGCUCUAACCGGUCCAGGGGCAGCGGACGCCACCAGCCCGGGUAUUAGCAGCGAUGGCGCCGUUUCGUGACCCUGAGCCUGGAGACCUGAUUGAGAUUUUCCGCGUCGGCUACCAGCACUGGGCCAUCUACGUGGGAGAUGGUUACGUGGUCCAUGUGGCCCCCAUACGGGACACCCCUGGGUCCAGUGGCAGCAGCAUCUCUUCCGUUGGCGACGGAAGGGCAGUGGUGAAACUGGAGCGCCUGGAGGACGUGGUGGGGGACUGCCUCUAUAAGGUCAACAACCACUUGGACGGCAAGUACGAGCCACUGCCGGUGAAAGAGAUCAUCCGGGCCACCAAGGGCAUGGUGGGCCAGGAGCUAAAGUACAGCGUGCAGAGGAAGAACUGCGAGCACUUCGUCACCAAGCUGAGAUAUGGAAAGUCCGAAAGUGAGCAGGGUCCCCCAGAAACAUCGCAGGAUGUCCAAUCUCAACCCUGGGACACUGGCCUGAAGAAGCGGGACCACCACCCUCCUCACCCAGGUCAAAGGGAAGACGGUAUGCGGAGUCAUUCUGAUGGCAGUUAUUGGAGCCCUAAUCCUUCUCUGAUCCAUAACUCUGAUGACACGAGCAAUGUCCAGUCCUGAGUGAGACAAGGCUGUUGCCCCACAGAGACACACCUCUGGCCUUCUGGCCUCUGCUUCUCUUACCGCUGGCAGCCGGCUAGUCCUGUGCCACUAAGAAGUAUCAUGGAUCUAUCAGAUUCUUUGAGAGAACUUGCACCAUGCUUUCCUAACCCUCAACAAAAAGGAAAUAAAGCCCUACAUAGUGAUAGCAUUUUAUAAGCAAAGAGGUGUGGUUUGGAAUGAUAGCACAGUGGGUAGGGAGUUUGUCUUGGACACAGAUGAUCUGGGUUCAAUCCCCACACCCCUUGUGGUUCUUUUGGCACCGCUAGGAGUGAUCCCUGAGCCCAGAGCCACAAGUAAACCCUGAGUACUGUCAAGUGUGGCCUCAAAACAGAACAAAAGGACCAGCUUCCAUUUCUCCCUCUGUGUCAUUCAAUUUCCUCAUCCCAAUUUGAUGAAGCGUUCGGAACGGUGCACAGACGGCAAAUAGAAAAGACAAGAAGAGUCAAAGAGGCAUGUUUAAUUUGAAAAGCUAUAGUCAUGAAUAAGAAAAAUGGAAAUAGGGUCUUGUUGAAGUUCUCCCUGGCGCAGUUCCUUGACCAUUGGGCGUCAGGGCUUUUGAGAAAACUCCGGGUUCUAGCCUGGAUAGGGGCGAGCUGGUACCACAGGACCGGCAUUGCCCGGAGAUUAGUAUAGCCUGAUGACCUUGCAACCACUGGCCCCUGGGGCUUGAAAUGUUGGAAGCUGAUACCUGUGGUAUCUGUAAGACUUACAAGUUCUGCCUCUGCUUUAGACUGAGGAGACUCUGUACCACUCCGUCCCAUGUAGCCCAUGUGGUCAUAUGUGACCUUCCUCUUCCCCCUAAUCUCAUCUCCUCUCAUCUCUGGAGUUCUACAUGUAUUGCAUUAUUUUUGCCCCCAAAUAACCAUCAUUCUCCCCAAAUAAACUGUGUCUGUGACCUGCGUGGAUUGUCUCCCAGCCAAGUUUUCGAGUACGAGUCUCUGAGACCAUGAUAAUUGUCUUCCCAUUCCCAGAUUUCCCCCCAUAGCUGCUGGACAUGUUUCUGCCAACAUUAGCUAGCCUGGCUGGCUUUGGGCCUUAAGGGGCUACAUGGAUGUCCAUUUAGGAGCCCCGGAGGCAGAGUCCUUGAGUAACUCUGUGAAGGCCCGCAUGUUGUGGGACCCAGAGAACAGUGGGAUCUUGAGGAUGGAUUCAGGAAAAAGAGUUUGUCAUUGACAUUGUCCCAGCUUUGUUCUCCCCCGUCCCUCCCCCAACCCAUAA